UUGGCGCUUGUGCCGCUCAGGCGCUGUCUGUUUUGUCCGUUUUCCCCGGAUCGAGCUGUGAUCGUGUGAGUUGGCUUUGGCCUGUCGGACGGGAUUUCUAUCUUUGAGCCAACCCGGACGAAAGAUGGCGGACAAGGACGAUUCGGAAAAGACGAUCGCUGAAGAUUUGGUCGUCACCAAGUAUAAAAUGGCAGGCGACAUCGUCAACCGUGUAUUGAAAAAGGUGAUAGAGAAAUGUGUUUCUGGAGCUUCAGUUUUACAAAUUUGUGAAUUUGGUGAUAGCUUACUUACAGAAGAAACAAAUAAGAUUUUUAAAAAAGAAAAAGAACUCAGGAAAGGUAAAGGAAUAGCAUUUCCCACUUGUGUUUCUGUAAACAAUUGCAUUUGCCAUUUCUCACCCCUAUCGAGUGAACCGGACUUAAUUUUAAAGGAUGGUGAUGUCGUCAAAGUUGACCUUGGCGCACAUGUGGAUGGCUUUAUUGCUGUUGUUGCACAUACUGUCGUUCUGGGGGCUACCUCGGAAAACAAAGUGACAGGCCGAAAGGCUGAUGCAAUGCUUGCAGCUCAUUAUGCAGCCGAAGUUGCACUUAGGUUGCUCAAACCAGGAAAUCAAACAUACACCAUAACUGAUUCAGUACAAAAGGUGUGCGAAGCAUACCACUGUAAGCCAGUCGAAGGUAUGUUGUCUCACCAGUUAAAACAGGGGAAAAUAGACGGUGAGAAGACAAUCAUUCAGAACCCGACAGAUGCACAAAAGAGAGAGCAUGAAAAAUUCGAGUUGGAAACUCAUGAAGUCUAUGCGAUGGACGUUUUAGUUAGCACAGGCGAAGGAGUUGGAAGGGAAAUGAAUACGAGGGUUUCAGUGUAUAAAAAAACUGACGAGGUUUACCAGUUGAAACUAAAAGCCGCAAGAACGUUUUACUCAGAAGUGAGGGAGAAGUACGGUUCUAUGCCUUUUACUCUUCGUAGUUUUACAGAAGAGAAAAAAGCAAGACUAGGAGUUAACGAAUGCGUGACACACAAACUUAUAGAUCCUUUCCCAGUACUGUAUGAGAAACCAAAUGAGGUGGUCGUUCAAUUUAAGUUUACAGUAUUAUUAAUGCCAAAUGGACCACACCGGAUUACCGGGCUGCCAUUUGAAAGUGAUGUAUGUGACUCAGAGUACAGGAUAGAAGAUAGUGAACUAAAGGCAUUAUUGACUAGUUCAGCUAAUCCUAAAUCAGGUAAGAAGAAAAAGAAGAAGGCCAUUAAGGAAGAAACAGCAACUACUACAGAAGUCAGGCUGCGAAAUGAAGUGUAAACCAGGCAUUGAUAAGUUGAGGGAAAAACAAAAGAGAACAUUUUAGGCGAUUACAAAAAGAAUGCAAUUAUAUUUUGUAUAUAAAACAAAUUGGAGAUGUCAACACAAAGUGUUGCCAAUUUUGGCAGUGCCUCAAUUUUUUUCUUUUCUUUCAAGUCAAUAUAGAAUUUAAAAAACAAUUACAUCAAAUUUGUAGAAAAUGAAAGAGGACAUUUUCAAAACCUGUUUCAAUUGUAUGCAGAUUCGCUAACAUCUUGUUGGUACUGUUUUUAAUUUUUUUUUUCUAUUUUGUUUAUAGAUUUUUUGAUGUUUAUGUACAUUUAAGAUAAAUGUGCCUGUUUUGCAAUAAUAACAGUUUGUCUUUGAAUUUUGUUUUUCUAGUGCCGUAAAGGCUCAGUUGCUAUCAAAAUGUGUAAGUAAAAACUAAUAAAAAAAAAAAAGAAAAAAAGAAGAACAAGAAAAGAAAGAAAAAAAGUGAAUAGGAUGUACAAAAGAAUCCUUGUUUCACCUAAAAUCUAAAGUAUCAGCAAUACCAUACUUAACAUUUCUUUGUAAUGUAGAAACUCAAUUAUAUGGCCAAAAUCAAAUGUGUUCAUAUUCCUUUAAGGUAUAAUCACAUAAAAAAAAUUAACAAUACAUUGUAAAUUGACGAUAUAUACAUCUUAUUUUGUCUUGACAUGUCAAUAUUUUCCACUCUUGUAAUAAAUCAUAUUAAAAAAAACAAAUCAAAUUGACAACAUGGAAAAUUGAAAUGGAAAAAAACUAUUGUGACUGAAUUUUCUCAUGUGUUUACAACACGUUGUUACAUCCAGGAGACUGUAAGACCUGAUUGUUGGUUUCUACAGUAUUCUAGUUUUAAAUAAAAAUCCAAAAUUUACGCCUA